AUGUCUGCAUUGAGUCCACUCAUUAUCCCUGUCAUCAGCAAUAUCGCAAAUAUUUCCCAAUAUCUUCAAGAAGAUAAUGAUUCAAAGAAUUUACAGCUCAAGUUUGUUAAUUAUAGCAAUCCGAUCGAAGUUUUGAAUUCUGGAUUUGAAAUUAUUGUUGCUGAUGGUUAUUUGCUCACUCCGGAAUUUUGGCAAGCUUUUCAUCACCAACUUGAAAAGGGAGAAUCAUCAUUGAAGUGGAUUAAUUGCACAUUUGCGGGUGUGAAUGCAAUUUUUGAAAAUAUUAGAAAAACCACUGAUUCCUCUAAAUUAAUUCAACUUUUAAUUGAAAAUAAUAUUAGAUUGACUAAAAUUGGAGUUUUUGGAUCACACAUGUUUGAAUAUUUAAUUCAACACAUGAUGAAUGAGUUACGUCAUUAUGAGAAAGUUUUGGAUCAUCAAUCUCAAAGUUUGUGGGUUGGAAAAACUGCUUUCAAUUACAAGACAUUGGAUAGAGUAAAGAUUGGUCUAUUGGGAUAUGGUAAUAUUGGAAAGUAUAUUUGUGAGACUUUCAAGAAAAUAUAUCCAACCAUUAAGAUUCACAUUUAUAGAAAUUCUCAAAAAAGUUACAAACUCGUUCACAAUGCUGCUUUAUUAAUGUUGGAAGAGGAGAUUUAA